AUGUGGUCGUCAAAGCAGCGUGCUGUCUAUACUGGUUACCCCAGCAAGUCUUGCACACCUCCACAGCUAGAGACAAGACCAGCAGGAUAUGAAGGAAUUGCUCAGAACGGAACAACAAUCUGCCAGAAAGGAUGGUUUCCAGAAACGUCCAAGCCAGCAGCAUGCUCAGAGAGUGGUAUCUUGCAGCCGACUAAAUGCAUCUCUGCAUCUCAGUACCACAAGAAUGAUCUUUAUGUCAUUGUGCCAACUAUCCCCUUUUCCCGCGACCUGCUGAGGAUGAGUCAUUACAAUGCCACCAAACACUGCAUAGACAUAUAUGGAUAUGACGCAAGACUGUUGGACUUUCAAAAUGCUUUUGAAGUGGAGACUCUCUCCUUUGUGGUCGGGAAACUUGGUGCUGCCGCCGCCAAAGACCUAUUCUUCUGGUCUCGACAAUCCAAUGAAUUGGGUUUUGAUGGAUAUACUUUUGAUACUCAUUACGCCUUCGAGGUGAAUGGCAACCGGCUAGGACAUAGUGAGGCCAGGGACAAUUCGAGGGAGCUUCCAUUUGCCUGCUUAGCCAGAGUAUGCAAUAAUGCUGUGCGAGUGGAUAGCACAGGUGUUCUCAAUAUUCCCGAGAAUGGUUUAGCACACUGCCUGCCAGGCCACACACUGAAAAAUCCCAAACGCGUCUAUUGCCACCAAGGAAACUGGGUCAACUUCCCAAUCUGCGAACUGAAUCCGCCUGCAAAGGAUUAUCAUGCAGGCUGUAAAGUUGCAUCAGACAUUGCCAACCGCUACAUGAAGGUUUACAGGGAUGGUUCAGUUGUUUGCAAACCAGGCUACUGGACUUAUUAUUACCAGAAUACCGAACCGUUUUGCAAUCACGCACGGGGGGAUGUGUGGUGGACUAUUGGCAAAUGUGUCUCGACAAUCAAGUGGAUUACUGGAUCUCUAUUUACGUUGUACAUGCACGGCCAAGGCGACAAUCUACACGACGAUGUUGACGGAGCCGAGACACUGUGUCGCGGUCGUCACCGGUGCUCGAGGACUGACCCUCGCCCGACUGCCCAGCAGCGUAAUCCGUUCACUCAUGUACACAGUAUUCGUGUGUUCUCGCCGGUUCCGUUUGCUCUACCACCUCCGGCGUCAUCAGGCUAUGUGGUCCGUCUUCCUCUCUGA